AUGGCGAAGAAGUUGGAAAUCGUUGCACUUUUUCUCACACUGUCUUGCUUGUUAUCUUUGGCCUAUGCCGACGGUGACAAUAAUAGUGGCGGGGGCGAUGAUAAAACGAGCAUCAUCGUUGAGGGAAACGUGUAUUGUGACCCAUGCCGUGUUCAGUUCCAAACCAGAGUCAGCAAACCGAUAGAAGGGGCCAAAGUAAAAUUGGAGUGCAGGAGUCGGGAAAAUGAAACCGUCGUCUACACACUCGAAGGAGAGACCAAUGACCAGGGCAGGUAUGGCCUUCCUGUGCAUAAAGACUUCCAGGAGCAGAUUUGUGAGGUGACAGCAAUUGACAGCCCCGAUGAGGAUUGCAAAGAAAGAUUCGAUGAUAUUGAAAGAGCUAGAGUUUUGAUCACAUCAAAGAAUGGCAUUGAAAGCAAGGCUCGUUAUGCCAACCCCCUUGGGUUCAUGAAGAAAGAACCUAGUGACGAGUGCAAGGAAGUUAUUGAGGAAUUGUUUCCGGAAGACAUGCCAGAAGAAUUUAAGAAGAAAUUCGAGAAUAAGAAUUGA